AGGCGGCCGCGCCGGCAGAGGAGCCCCGCCACCCCGGUACCUCCUGCAGGAAGUUAAAGGAAGGACAGGACAAGAAAGCACCAUGUCUUCAGUCUCAGCUUAUUACAAUGGAAAGACCAUACUUAUCACAGGAGCUACAGGUUUCAUGGGCAAAGUACUGGUGGAAAAGCUUCUGCGCUCCAGCCCUGAAGUGAAAGCAGUUUAUAUACUCGUCAGGCCAAAGGCUGGACAAUCAAUGCAAGAGAGAGUGGCCAACAUGUUGAAAUGCAAGGUCUUUGACAGGGUCCGAGAAGAUUGCCCUAAUUUCCACGAGAAGAUUAAGCCUAUUAAUGCUGAACUCACUCAGCCCAAGCUGGCCAUCAGUGCUGAAGAUGAGGAGGAGCUUCUGACCCGGGUCAAUAUUGUCUUCCACUGUGCAGCAACAGUUCGCUUUGAUGAACCCCUGAAACAUGCCCUGCAACUGAACGCAAUGGGCACGCAGCGGCUCCUAGAGCUGGCCCGGCAGAUGCAGAACCUCGAGGCCUUCAUCCACAUCUCCACUGCCUAUGCAAACUGUGUCCGGAAAUGCAUAGAAGAAGUCAUCUACCCACCCCCAGCUGAACCCAAGAAGCUCUUCGAUUUAGUAGAGUGGUUGGACGAAUCUAUCAUUCAAGACAUCACACCCAAGCUGCUUGGGGACUGGCCCAACACUUACACCUACACCAAAGCCCUGUCAGAAUACCUGAUUCAGCAAGAGAAAGGAAACUUGAACAUUGCUAUCAUCAGGCCAUCCAUCGUGGGAGCUAGCUGGCAUGAGCCUUUCCCAGGUUGGAUUGACAGCUUCAACGGGACAAGUGGAAUAUUUGUUGCGGCGGGCAAAGGGAUUCUGCGGACCGUCAUCGCCAACAACGAAGCGGUGGCAGAUAUGAUUCCAGUAGACGUCGCCAUCAACCUCACCCUUGCGGCCGGGUGGUACACUGCUGUGCACAGACCAAAAAACAUGUUGGUGUACAACUGCACAACAGGUGGAAUCAACCCUUUCUUCUGGGGAGAAAUGGAGCAGUAUGUCAUGUCCACGUUCAAAAGGAAUCCCCUGGAGCAGGCCUUCCGAACACCCAAUGCUCACUUGACGACCAACUACUUGAUAAACCAGUACUGGAUAACUGUCAGUCACAAGGCACCGGCCAUACUCUAUGACCUGUACAUGAGGCUCACAGGGAGAAAGCCCAGAAUGAUGAAGAUUAUCAAUCGACUGCACAAGUCUAUGAUGCUCCUGCAGUACUUCUCCACCCAGUCCUGGGAUUGGUCUUCAGAUAAUAUGAAUAUGUUAAUGAGUCACCUUAACACAGAGGACAAAAAGUUAUACAACUUUGAUGUUCGUCAGCUGCACUGGUCAGAAUACAUUGAAAGCUACUGCCUAGGUGCUAAGAAGUACUUGCUAAAUGAGGACAUGGCUGGCAUUCCAGCAGCAAAGCAGCAUUUACGAAAGCUGAGGAACAUCCGAUAUGCAUUCAACACCACCCUCCUUGUGAUCAUCUGGCGCAUUUUCAUUGCAAGGUCACAGAUGGCUCGAAACAUCUGGUACUUUGUGGUGAGCCUCUGCUACAAGUUCCUUUCCUACUUCAGGGCAUCCAGCACCCUCAGGCACUGAAGCCAUCCAUCAGCAACCAGCCUCUUCCAGAAGGACCUCCAUCUCCUCUAAUCAGCAACUAUGGGCAUCGGGGUCUGAAAGUAGCAGAAAAAUCCACUCCCUCCAACAGCAGCCUGCAUUUAUUGUGCACUGUUAUAUGUUCACCUUUUUAAUUUUAACUAAUGCUUUAAUACAUGGUGGUCUUUCUUCUGUAGGACCAGGCCAAUUUUUAAAGCCAUAACUGAAGCUUUAGGAACAGGUCAAGCUGGAACCGUUCAUCUAGAGUCUGAAGUGCAAAAGUAAGGAUUAACCAAAGUCAUUGUCUUCCCAUGUACUACCUAGGCUAUCUUAAUCCCAUCUUCUUCCUCAAAAGAGGCAAAUUUAAAGCAUACAACCUUGGAAGAAAAGGAUGCCAUCAGCGAAGACCCAGCCAAGAAAAUUAACCUGUAAGAGGUCUUCCUAAAGAGGCUAUUCCUUCAUUCUCAUUCAGUGAAAUGGUACCUUAUUGAAAAACAUGAUUUCAUAUUUUCAGUUUUUCAAAACUUAGAGGGGAAAAAAGAUCAGUUAGACUAGGCCAGUGAAGACACUGAAGUUUUCAGAUCUUGUCUUAUAUUGCUACUGAGGACUGAUACUUUCAAGCCAUAACUGAAGACACACAUAGAAUUCAUGUACCUGUGUUAACUCUACUCUCUCACAAGCUGCUUUCUUAUGGAGAGGUAUUUUUUCUCUCUGUGGUUAAGGUUGCAGUCUAUUAAAAAGCCCUUUUCUUGCAUUUAUCACAUUUGUUUGGAACAUUUUUUUGGCUUGAAAAAUGCUGUAUUUACUCUGAGAAUGAAGAGAAGACUUCAUAAAAGAUUGAAGAAUUCAGAAACUCGUUAUUAUUUUUGAGGAAUAGGUCUUUUUCCCCCUUGGAUUUGUCUCCAGAAAACCUCUCUCCCUGUACCUCAAAAACAGCCUGAUACUGCCCUUCAUGCUUUCAUUACAGCUAAAUCACUUUUUGCAGUUGAUCACUUCCACUGGCAAAGAAAUUGUAAAGACAUGUAUGGAGGAAAUCACAUCAGGCCAGUUCUGCGGCCACUCCUGUCAGUAGGAAUUAAAAAGUCUGAAACUUGUUUUCAUUGAGAAUAGGAAAGGUUUCAUUGACUUCUGUGUAAAAACGGUCAUGCACUGCGAAGGUAAUGGCUUUUGUCCUACAUUGCAGUUUAGAAAGGAACCCAAGGGUCUUCCUAACACUCAUGGCUAUUGGAGAUACUUGUUUCACGUAGUGAGGUAUGAAUUCCUGUGGGGUGAGAGAGAAGGAGAGAGCCUUCUUCAAAGUAGCUGGUGCAACAACGGCCUUAGUGCAACAGCAACAAAUUUAUCAUGCUAUCAGUUUUUCAAAGUCAAAUCUAAUACUGGAAUAUUUUUAUUCAAAUAACACUGAAUAAGCACUUUUAAGAUUAUCAGACUUCAAAGCAGCUAGUUUUUGAAACAAUGCAGCAUCCAAUUUCUCUAGUCUUGUGUCAUGCUAGCUGCCUGAAAAAGUAAUGCUACAUCACAAAAAAAUGACACAGUCGCUCUUUUGAGAGCUGAGAAUAGCAGAGUAUUUACAAAGCUGGCAUUCUUCAAAAAUUAUACUUGUUUUUGGCAGUGAAGGUAAGAGCAAGUUAUGAUGACAGUAUAUUUAUAUCUUAGGCCUGCAAGCUAGUUCAAAAGUCCUUCUAAAGGUGCAAGGAAUUAAUCUUCCCCCAUAUGCCCCAGAGGUCUAAGUUUCAAGCAAUUGCCAAAGGAUGCCUGCAGCAGAACCUGACCAGAAACAUGGUGUCCAGAACGGCAGGGGUCUGGCAUUCCCUAGCAAAGGCCCCUGUGUUUGGCACACAUUACUUCUGAUCUAUGCUUAAUUAGGUCAAGCACUCAGUUUACAAAGAUGCAAAUUUUUUACACUCUUGCCUGGAAAACAUACUUUCAAAAUGAAACCAUACUGGUUGUUAGCUAUGUGUGUUUUCCAACUUCAGAAAGCUGGCAGUGCAUGCAUUGCACAAUAGCAAGGUGUCACUGCCUAGGAAACUAGGAGCUAUGGGUUCGGGUGCUGAGGACCAGACAUUUCAUGUACAGUGCUUCUGUAGCAGUGCAUAUGGUGAAGGUUAGCUGCAUUAUACUUUGCUAACUUGGCUAUGCAGACUGUGGCUACCUUGGCAGGGUGAGGCAGGCUGCUGUGGGGAUUCCUCUAAAAAGACUGCAUUCCCUCAAGUACAUAAUCAGGUCAUCAGCCAGCUUCCAGUCUUCUCAUACAAAAGGCUAAAAAACAAAACAAAACAAAACUGCAGAUUAUUUUGAAACAAACUUCCAUUAAACAAAGUAGGAAAGAAUUUCAACUCAUAUCCUAAAAGUCUUUUUAAGUGCCUGCCUUACGUACAAAAAGAAGCAACAGCUAAGGGGAUCAUAAGUCUUAUGCUGUGCACAUAGACAAAAACUUGAGUUUCACAGAAAAGUCAAAUACUGCAGACCUGCUACACCUACAAUGUCUGGUCUACACCAGUCAGCUCUACUAAGAGUAAAGUGUCCUGCCUUCCCUUCCCCAAUGCUAGUCAUGCCAUGCAUUCCUCACAUACGCCUGUAGGCAUUCACAGUUAUUUGCACAGGCUGUAUUGUCCCAAGAAGUCUGAGAUGUAUCUUUGCUCAUCUGAGCAUAUCCGGACUUGUUUUCUGCACAUGCAAAAAGAUGCUUCAGGUUUCACUCAGAACAAUGGUGGUAUCACGUUUUAAAGCUCUUCAGCAUUUUGCUGAAGGUAACAGCCACAGCAAAGCUACUACUCAGCCCUGAGAAAACAGCAGGAGCUGCUUGGGAUGUUGCAGAAACAUAGCUGUUGGAGAUGGUGUAUGCUCUUCUGGAGACCUUUCAUAGCUCACGCAGCAUUGCCAGCAGCUGGCUCCAAAGCUCUGGUCUUGCCUGAGGGGUGGAUCAAGCUGUUUGUUAGCUUUUCUUAACACAGACAUAACAUACAGUGAAACUUGAAUCUUUAAUCCAUUGUCUUGUGGCUUGAGAUGUUUUCAGGUGAUUGUCUGAACCACAGAAGUAUUUCAGAAAAACCUCAAUGCAGAGACUGACAUGUGGCAAUGGCCUUUGGGUGCCAGUGGUGACUGUCAUCAUGGAGAGCUGGACCUGGCAUAAGAACUUGUUCUCGCCUCAAGCAGUGACUUAUCUUUGAUGUUUUACUGUGUGCUCCUUAGUGUAUUUGUAUGUGCUCUGAAGAAACCCAAACCUUGGGGAAAAUAUCUAAAAGAAAACACUGAGUGACAGCCACUUCUUUUCUUCCCUAUUUUCUCUCUUGCUCUUUCAUGUAUACUCACAAGCUUUUGACAAAAGAAAAGCCAAAUACAGUUGUUAAGUUAAAUCAGAGGUCCUGUGGUGACCGUGCACAAAGUAACGCGAACAACUCAGAAGUGGAUAUUACUCAUGGCUGAAGCCUAGACCUUUUAAUACCUGUAAGGUUGAAGCAGGACUCAAGCUUUUUUUUUUUUUUUUCCCUACAGAGGUAGCAUGGUCAGUGCUAUGGGGAGGAGAGAGGAGUAGGAGGAGCAUUCCUGCAGCCUCUGCUCACAGGCAGCAGAAGCAUUGCUAGGCACAGAGCAUCCAGCUCAACGAGGCAAGGGAGACUCAAGGGAUCAGAGGAGUAUGAGUUGCCAAACUCAGAGGACUCUGCCUCCUAAGGAGUGGGGGAAGAGCUCCAUCAGCAUUUUAUCAGUUUGGUUUCUUGUAAUAAAACAUAUGAACUGAAAGGCUCCUCCAUCCUUCCCCCAGCUACCAACAGGCAGCGUAGAGAACAAUAUUGGCAGUCAUUGUGCACAGCCACAAAAGAAAAUAUCUGCCACAAGACAGUAUAAUGGGAUUAUUUGUUUGUACCCUAUGAACUUGCAGUGUAUCUACCCCCUCAUGGUGUCAGAAGCCUGCAGUGCUGCUACAGAAAUAACACGGACCACUGCUGAACCCGAUGUACUAAUGUUUUGUUAAUACUAUGCAUAUACAAUAGUCUGUAGGCUAUAGCUAUGAACUGCUGUGCGAAAGCAAUGAAACACUGAAUAUCAUUUCCCUGUCAAAGAGCAAUGGGCAUAAGCUUGCAAUUAUCUUUUUUUUUAUUAAAUUGUGGUAACAAAAAGACCCAAAUCCCUAAAAUUAAUCCGAGUUUAAACUGCCUUUUGACUGACAACAGAAGCUGUUUAUCUCCAGCAUGUCUGUUACCAAAAAAAAAAAUUUCUCACUCCUCCACCCUCUAUCCCAAUAACUUUGUUAAGAAAAUACAAUUCUUUUUUGGUAGAGAGGAGGGGUAACAGACAUACUGGUACAUUACAGGUUGUUGGCUCGUUACCCACCUCAAGAAAUUUGUUAUUUUACAUUUUCUAAGAAAACAUGAUUAUAUAUGCCUGUGUGUAUAGUUACAUCUUUCAGCACCUGUCUUCUCAUACAACAUACAGAGAUGGUAAAAGUAGUGGAGCUCAUAUUGACAUGCCAGGCUGUGCUUGUUUGGUAUGCACUGUUCCAAUUCAGUUUAAGACGAAGUGAUUAAAACCUACCCUAGUUUCCAGCGUAAAGGAAACCUAACCUGUAGUACUAUUAAUCAAAUCAUCAUCAUGAAUAAGCAACUGGGAAAAGAGGGGGCGGACAUUCUUUUGUUUGUAAAUAAGCUACAGCUUCAUGGUCGAAAGCAUGCUGUUGCUCUUCCAGUGUUGACGUUCUACCGCAGAAAGCAAGGAUGAACUUUUAUUACAAUUGGACCCUUUAUUCUAGCGCAGAGUAAAUAACACACUGUACAUUCCCCAGAAGCUAAAUGGUGAAUAUCCCAUUACAUGGUGCUAAAUAUUGGUAUGAAGGUGGUACAGGUACUUAAGAGAAUUUAAAAAAAAAAAAUACAGGUAUUUGGGGAAUCAUUAAAGAAGUACUAUCCCACUUUUCUCUAUUGCUUAGAAGUCAACUAUGAAUUGAGUUGGUUUGUUCAGAUUAACAUGAAACUGCUUGUAAAAGGUUUCUUGUUCUUAAAUAAUCUUGGCAGACCCCAGUUUAUAGUAAAGUAUGUACUCUCCCACUGUCCAAAGUUUAUAUGGUUCUAUCUGCUAUUUCUAUUCACUUGUUAGCUAUGAGACAACUUACAGUUAUAAAUCUUAAUUACAAAGUUUCUAAUGUUAAGGUGUAAUCUUUUGAUCUCUCAAAUCAGAUAAAAUGGUAAAGUCACAAAUUAUGAGAACCUCAGCCAUAAAAUUGUUAAUACGAUGUUUAUGUUAUUUUAAACAUUUAAUAAAACAAAAUAUUUUAAAACUA